AUGGAUCGUAUUUUCUAUAGGUCGCCUCAUUACGAUGACCCCACAGGCUACCCUCUCUAUAUCUUUGACACAUCGUUUCUCCCUCCUCCGGAAACCGUCAACUAUGAUGCCUUGGUGCCCCAAUUGAUGGGCCGGCUUCCUUCAGUUCCCUAUACGGUAGUGAUGUUUUGUUGUGGUCUUAACAAAAUUAGCUGGCUCACAGGUAUAAAGUUCAUCCAAUCAUUUGUCACUGCUACUAAUUCCAACGGCCAACAUCAAUUGGAUUUGGUGUCAAGAAUUAUCACCGUUCAUGAUAGUUGGUUAGUAAGAUCCAUUACAGAAUUCUGGACAGCUUAUGCAUCUCAGAGAAGAAGAGCCUUAUCUUUAACAUCCUUGAUCUCACAACCUCAAUCUUUGUUGGUGGCUCAGAAACCAAUCCUACAUUUCUCCUGUCUAGCAGAUUUAACGUCUAUUCUUGACGUGUCUAAAUUGAAGCUCUCUUUAAACAUUUAUCGUCAUGAUUGUGAAAUUGAUUUGGAUAAAAAGUUACAAUUAAAAUAUUAUCCUCCUUUAAUAUCCGAGAAUGAACCUGUCCGGAUCGACCUGGAGUUAUCACCAAUCUUGUACCAUCAUUUUUAUCUGAUCUUUGGUGUAUUGAAUCAACAUGGCACGCAAGUACCUCUUGUGUUCUUCAAACCAGGGAAUAAAACAAACACGGAUAUCUUUUAUGAUGCUAUAAACAGAAACCAAGUGCUUUAUAUCAAUGACUUUGAUCUUUAUUGCAUUGCUACUGUCUUUAAACGAAUAAUAUAUUCGUUAUCGUCUCCACUUAUUAAUGUCAAUUGCAUUACUUUACCAUUAGGUAACGACUUUGAAUACACCCGGACCAUUUUCAGCUCAAUUAUACAAACUUAUGAAAACCCGGAAGACCUCCAAAUCAUACUACAAUUGCUUUCCUUAUGUCUGAAACUAAUACAGAAUCUGGAAAUUACUUCAUUGACUUCCAUCACCUUAGCAAAGAGUUUAGUCCAUUGUCUAACUCACCAGGUAGUCUCUUCUCAAAAUAAAGAUCAAGUGGCCAUAGCCACCAGGUUUCUUAAAAACCUUAUUGAAUCAUGGCCCCUCUUGAUUCAACUUUCUCAGUUUUCACUGACAUAUAUUCCAGUGGAACAUGCUCUAAAAGUCGGUGUGCCUUUUUCUUCCUCUGAAGAGGGGAAAGAUUUACCUCCAACACCUGUCACUGCUAAUGAAACAAAAGGUGAUACCAUUAGUUUUAGACUUGAGGAUAUUUCUUAUCCCACUUGUCAAGUGGAAAAGUCCCUAACGUCAACGGAAGACGGCCUCGAACCACCUCCAGUAUUGGAGAAAUCGAAAAGAGAGCUUCCAAGUAUUCCAAUUGAAGAACAAGAUGGUGGUUUAUCUUCAUUGUUACCACCUCCACCACCUCCAGAAUUUGGGACUUCCAUAUCGUUAGAUGUUAAAGAACUUCCUGCUACUCCAAAUAUAAGUUCACCUUCAGCCUCACCUCCAGGAACACCCAAUUCUCGUCGUUUGAAACCAACAAGACUACGUUCCUCAUAUUCAAGAUCCCCCAAGGGUAGUCCUAAAAGAAUCCUGAUGCAGUUUCCUCCACAGAAGUAUAAGUUUCAAAGUCAUAAGUCUCAUUCAAGUUCUAGUCUGACCGGAGGAGAAGUAUUGUUUGACUGUCUGCCUAAUAAAUCACGGAAAACUGUCAUCAGAGGUAGAAGGGUUGGAGAGCUAACUAAACUUUUUGAGGAACGAGCAGAAGCUAUGCAAAUCAUACGAGAUCUAUAA